AAUUUGAUUCAAAUCCAUAUUGGAACCAAUCACCUUCACUGCCAUCAUCUUCACCACCACCUACUGAUGAAGAUGAAGUUAAUGUUAAUGAUUACCAAACAUUAAAAGGGAUACCAAGAUGUUUUGAUAAACAUGAACGUGGUAGAUGUUUAUUAACAAUUAAUGUUGUACUUGGGAAAGGUUGCUCACAAACCAUUUAUGUUCAUGUUAAUGAUGACCCUGCUGAUUUAGCAAGGGAUUUUUGUGAUUUAUGGAAGAUCACAAAUCCUGAAGUUGUGCCUGCAUUAGAAGAUUUAAUUAAAGAAGAAAGAAGUAAAAUUCUUAUUGUCAAAUAG